AGAGGGAACCUUGGGUGAAAGGGUUCGGAGAGGGAAGAGGGGUUGAGCAGCUGUGGCCUCUGGAGAACCCCCCAGACCUGUCCUGGGAGGGCUGUGGGGAGGAGCUUCGUGCUCCUACCCAGCUAAGCUGGUGGAGGCUCGUCCUCGCCUUUUCCUGCCCUCCCCGGCGGUUUCUCAGAUAAACUGCUUCUUUCGCGUUCCAGAGCAGAUUUUCUGUGCUCUCCCUGAGACGGGCCCUUAGUUCGUCGGACCCGGGCUGCCUUCUCUUUUUUCCUUGCUCUUAACAGGAAGUCCGAACUCGGGGCUAAUUGAUGAGAACAUGUCUGAGGGGUUUGGGGACCUGCGGUGGGAAACCGAGCCUCAUUAGAAGUCCCGGAUAGCUAUUGAUCCAAGAGAGGGAAUAGUUCCGUUGGGCUUUGUUCAGAUUAGAAAGCACAUACACAAUAAGGGUCUGCUCGAGUUUGGAAACACAUUUCUAGGUUACCAUUUAUAAAUAGUUUCUCGAGAGGAAGGCGAUCUAAUGGGUGAGGUCCUUGGAAACCUAUGUUAUAUAAAGGAAGAGUUGAAAGAACUGUGAAGGAAAGAGUCAAGAGGCAAAGCAAUUGUUUUCAGGGAUUGGGGAGCUGCUAUGCAGAAAGUUAAGUACUGUACAGUAGAAUUCCAUGCCUCAAGAAUUAACCAUAUUUGCCUGCCUGCGAGUUUUCAGGUACGCAAUGUGUGUGUCAAAAGCAUUCUAGCAAUAGUUGAUAUUUGAGUACCUGCAAAAUACCAGGUGUAUUGUAGAUGUUUGGAAUAUAGCAGUGAAGAAAACGGAUGAAAGUCUCUGCCCUCAGGAAUUGGUAUUCAAGAAGGAAACAGGCGGUUUUAAAAAAAAAAAAAGGUAAAAUAUAUAGUAUAUGUAUGGAGGUAAGUGAUGUGGAAGAGAGUAAAUUAGCAUAAGGAGUUCUGGGGUGAGCAAGAGUUGUGUGCAGUUUAAAAUAUGGGGUCAGGGAUGGCUUGGCGAGAACAUAGGCAUAUGGAGCCAGCCAUAUAUAAUCUGGAGGAAGCAUUCGGCAGAGGGAACGCCAUGCUCUGAGGGGGGAAGCUUGCCUCACAUGUUCAAGGGACAAUGUGGUUGGGGUCAAUGAACAAGAGAGAAGUAGAAGAUGAAGUCAGACGGGCAACAGAGCUGAGACCUCAUGAGGCCUUGCUGGCCAUUGUGAUGACCUUGCCCUUUACUCUAGGAGACACUGCCUCGAAAGGCGUGAGCAGAAGAAUGGUAUGACCUGACUUGUAUGUUAACAGGGUUGCUCUGGCUGCUUGUUGGCACUAGACCCAGGGGCAGGGGUGGAAGCACUUAGGAGGCUCUUGCAAUACUCCAGGCAAGUAGGGGAGGGGCUGGGAUGCAGUACUGGAGGUAGUGCGAAUUGGUUGAACAUUGGAUCUUUUGGACGUAGAGCUCACAGGAUUCGCUUAUGAAUUAUAUGUAGAAUGAGAAGGAGUCUGGGAUAACCAGGUUUUUUGUUCCAAGAAAACAGAAUGAUGGAGUCGCCAUUAACCGUCAAGUAGGUAGUUGGUCACAUGAGUCUAGAGUUCCAAAGAGAGCUCUGGGCUGGAGAUUAAUUGGUGGUUGGGAGUACGUGGAUGGUAAUUAGAGCCAUGUGACUGGAUGAAUCUCUGGGGAGAAUGAAUGCAGCAGGGAUGAAGUGGUCCAAGCGCCUAUCCCUCCACUCAUUUGAGGUCUUGCAAAGACACGGAUUUGAGUUGUGGGCAGCAUCCAAGGGAAACUUUUUCUUCUUAAGAAUUUUUUUUUUGUUUUUAACAUAAUCUCCACAUACAAUGUGGGUCUCGAGCUCACAACCCCGAGGUCAAGAGUCGCAUGCUCUACCGGCUGAGCCAACUAGGCACUCCACCUUUUUUUUCUUUAAAUGUGACUAUGUACCUGCUUUGCAGAGGUAGUUAUGUGAUCUGUGAGAUUGGAUAUGCCAUUCUGGGAACAGAUCCACAUGAAUCUGAUACAGGUCACUUCCUGUUGAAUGCCACCUGUGCUAAGUAAUUCCUCCCUUGUGCCUUGCUGAGUUUCCCAGGCUUGACCCCAGAAGCUGAGCAACCCAAACAGAUUCCAGUGUCUUUCCUAUUCUAGGUAUGCACUUCUGUGAGUGGAGUGUGAAAUUUUGUAACCAGUUAUGAGAAGGUAUUUCAGCACUGCAGAGAUCUACUUUUAAGCAUUUCAAAUGAAUGCUCCCAGCACUAUUCCAUCUGUUAUUUUAAGGUCAUUUUAGCCUUUUGCGCUAGUGCCUUUAUUUAGGAAACUAGAUGGUGUGCUUCUCUCCUGGCUGUUUUCAAGUUAUUCUGAACUUGGGAGCCCCAGAAGUGUAUUGGAUGUGCAGAGCAGUGUGAGGGAGUACGUGCUGCUGAUUUGGGUCCACCCUGUCAAGACACCUGUUGAUAUCUCCUAGGAUGCUUCAGAUUUGGGGUACAGUGGAGAGGAAUCCCAAGUACCGGCAUCCCUAGAAGUCUCAACUAAUUAGUAGCUGAUAAUUAUUGAAAUUUUCAUAAAAAGUUAUAUAUUGAGGUUCUAGUCGUAGGAUCCCAUUUUAUAUUUUUUAGAAUUACUAGAAUUAAAAAUAAAAAAUAAAAUUAUCAGAAUUGGUCACAAAAAUCAGUGGAGAGCAGUCAUAGAAAAUGUAUGUUUUUAAUGUGUGUUUAUUAAAUGUGUGAAAGUAAUACUUAAGUAACAUACUAGGGACACCUGGCUGACUUAGCUGGAGCGUGCAACUUGAUCUCAGGGUUAUGAGUUCGAGCCCCACGUUGGGGGUAGGGAUUAGUAAAAUAAAAAACUUAAAAAAACAAAAGCUGUUAACAUAGAUGUGCAUUCGUUGGGGGCAUUCUGCAUGGUCUGUGAUUGCUUUUUUGUUUGUUUGUUUGUUUGUUUGGAAGUCCAUGAAGUUGUUGGAUUAGUAGUAAAACCAAUUUGGUUUGUCCUUAAAGAUUUUCUGAUAUAAAAGUAAUAAUACCCAUUGUAGAAAAUUUAGAAAAUGAAAAAAAGAAUUUAAAAAAUUGAAUUCAUCUAUAACCCAGCAAUAUCACUGUUUGUGUUUUAUCCUUUUUCCUUUGUCGUGAUUAUGGGGAUGUAUGUGAGACUUGCCACUUAGAGUGACAUCAGGCCAGAGGUGGAUGUGCAUGUCAGCCAUCAGCAUACUCAAGUUUUUAUUUUCGUUUUUAUUUUUUUCAUACCGAAGUUUUCAAAUGCCUUAGAUUUAGGUUAUCUUUGACGCCUCUAUUUUCUCAUCUUCUGCAAGCUAUUUGUACAUCCUUUUUAUGGUCUCUAUCCUUGUUACCAUUAUCAUUUCAUGUAACGAAAACCUGUGUAGAUUUUUAUCCGUUUGGCUCUUCACUGAGACUGCUGGAGUUGUCCUGCUCUCAGUUGUCCAAACCCAGAAUGGGACGUCUACGUGACCUGACAGAUGCUGCCUAAAGUUUGGAAACAUGCUUAGGAAAGCCAGUCACAAGCAUGUAAGGUUAAUUCAUGCGGGUUUCUUUCAGAGUAUACUUCAUGAAUGCCACUAAUUGUAUAGUCUGAUUCUGUUGUCUGUUUACUCCUAUACUUUCCAUCUCCCCCACAGACUUGAAAGCCCUGUGGGGGUGAGAGCACAUCUGUCUUACUCAUCACUGCAGUCCCAGCUCAAAGCCCGUGGCCGGUUUAACGUGUAGCCCUAAAGAUCCAGAAACCCAAAGGAACCACUAUUCCUGCUCCACAUAGUCCCAUCCGUAGUGAGGCUGUUUCUGGAAUCUGUGUGAUGACCAAGGUUUUAGGCAUGGCUGCAGUUCGGGUUCCUCGGCCUCCACGGGAGAGGGGGCCUGUGGUGGUUAAAGAUGAGGAAGAGGAAGGGAAGUGCCUUCCUAGCCUGGAGGUGUUCCGCCAGCGCUUCCGGCAGUUUGGGUACCAUGACACACCUGGCCCCCGGGAGGCCCUGAGCCAGCUCCGGGUGCUCUGCUGUGAGUGGCUGAGGCCCGAGAUCCACACCAAGGAGCAGAUCCUGGAGCUGCUGGUGCUGGAGCAGUUCCUGAGCAUCCUGCCCCAGGAGCUCCAGGCCUGGGUGCAGGAGCACUGCCCGGAGAGCGCUGAAGAGGCCGUCACUCUCCUAGAAGAUCUGGAGCGAGAACUGGACGAGCCAGGGCAGCAGGCCUCACCGCCUCCAAAUGAGCAGAAACAGAUGUGGGAGAAGAGGUCCUCUUCAGGAACGGCAAAGUUUCCAAGCAGUGUGCAGCCCCAGUCUGUGGAGACCAGUCACAGAUGCGAAGCUUGGGAGCCCUUGUACAUUCAGGAGACUGGGGAAGAGCAGGAUUUCACUCCAGAGCUGAAACAGAGUCAAGAUCAUAAAUCGAACACCCAGAAUGAGGAAUCAACAGAGAAGCAGAAAAGUUCUGAGGAAUCUCAAGAAUUCAAAAGGGAUAUUAUUCCUGUGAUUAUUACCAGUAAAUGUGAGUCCAGGUUAGAAAGGCAGUGGGUAAACCUUGAAAAGGAAAGAGGAACAAAAACUCCUCUCCUAGACAAAGGUUCUAAGAAAGGCAGAGAAUUGAUUCCCGCUAAACCUACCCCAGGAGAGAGGCGUUACAUUUGUGCCGAGUGUGGAAAGGCCUUUAGUAAUAGCUCAAAUCUUACUAAACACCGGAGAACACACACUGGGGAGAAACCAUAUGUGUGCACCAAAUGUGGGAAAGCUUUCAGCCACAGUUCAAACCUCACCCUUCAUUACAGAACACACUUGGUGGACCGGCCCUAUGACUGUAAGUGUGGGAAAGCCUUUGGUCAGAGCUCAGACCUCCUUAAACAUCAGCGAAUGCACACUGAAGAGGCACCAUAUCAGUGUAAAGAUUGUGGGAAAGCUUUCAGUGGUAAAGGCAGCCUCAUUCGACACUACCGGAUACACACUGGGGAGAAACCUUACCAGUGUAACGAGUGCGGGAAGAGCUUUAGUCAGCACGCGGGUCUUAGUUCACACCAGAGACUCCACACUGGAGAGAAGCCAUAUAAAUGUAAGGAGUGUGGGAAAGCCUUUAACCACAGCUCAAAUUUUAAUAAACAUCAUAGAAUCCAUACUGGGGAGAAGCCCUAUUGGUGUAAUCAUUGUGGAAAAACCUUCUGUAGUAAGUCCAAUCUUUCCAAACAUCAGAGGGUCCACACUGGAGAGGGAGAAGUGCUUUAAGUGUUGAGCAUGCUCUCUGAGUGGUUUUUGAUUUUUCAAGUUUUAGCAUACGGAUCCUAGGGAGAAGCCUAGUAAUUGCGCUAUAAACUCUAGUGGUAGAUUUUGUUUCACUUAAUGUCAAGGGUGCCUGAGGAAUGAGUGCUUGGGUGUUGGCACAGUGGGAAGGAGGUCCUGGAGGGCAUCAGGGUACUCACUGCCCACUGGCCAGCUCGCUGGGACGGGGUCCCCCACCACACUUUGGGUCUCCUGAACCAGGCCGGCAUUGCCUUUUGUAUAGUUAAACUGAGUAUAUCCAAUAUAAUUAAGGAAGAAACACUGAAACUGUUUAACUGUUUUAACAUAUAUUCAAAAAGUAUGAUUUGUAAAGAAUUGAGCCACCUGAGCACAAUUUAAUCUGAUUUGGAAUAAACUUGUAACAUCUUGUAAUGCCUCAGGACUGUUCAAAUAAAUGGUAUGUCGGUUAUUGAACACUA